AAAACGGCCCACUUGAGGUCCAUGUGGUUCUUGUUUUGAGACCUGGGCGUAUGAAAACUAAAUAUCGCUGAAUACAGGCCGAAUAGGUGGCCAGCCCUUCCUUUUCUUUGAGCUGCAUCAGGAUCCGACCCACUCGGUUUUCAUUGAACAACAGCGGAGAAAAAGGAAAAAGGUAAAGAAACAAAGCCCUAGAGGCCGACCGGUCCGUUCUUCUGUUCAACUUCUUUGCCAUUGAAGGUUGCCGAUCCGAGCAGCAGUGAGUGGAGGAACCCUAGAAAUAGAAUUAUCCAUGGGAUCUAAAAACAAAGGCCAGAAGGCCAAGAGUAAGACAAGGAACAAGAACAAACCUGAUUCUAUACUCUCGCUGCAAGGUAGCAACAGCAAAAAAAAUGGAAGUGGCAGUGGCAAGAUCAUCACAGAUGCUCGAUUUGCGUCCCUGCACUCUGACCCUCGGUUUCAGAAGGUUGCAAAGCACAAGACGAAGGUUGUCAUCGACUCCCGUUUUAAUCGGAUGUUCAGUGACAAGAGAUUUUCUUCAUCUUCAGCUCCUUUGGAUAAGCGAGGGAAGCCUAAGAAGGAAAACUCACAGAGCUCUCUUCGCCAUUAUUAUCAUCUCGAAGACAAAGAAGAAGAGAAGAGAAAAAAAGAUGUCUUAAGUGGAGGGGAUGAUAGUGAGGAGGUUGAUGAGGAGAGUGAGAGCAGUGAAAUUUCAGAAAGGGACAGUGAUGGGGAGUCAGAAGAGGAAGAGGGAUCAGAAUCUGGUUCCACUACUGAAGAGGAAGAUAUUGAUAUAAUUUACGAGGAUGGAGAGCCAGAAAUGCAGGAAGAAAAUGUCCCAAUGAUUGAAAAGGAAACCCGCAGGCUUGCUGUUGUUAAUAUGGAUUGGAGGCAUGUUAAGGCUGUUGACUUGUAUGUAAUGUUAAGCUCAUUUCUCCCUAAAGAUGGACAAAUUAUGUCAGUGGCUGUUUAUCCAUCCGAGUUUGGACUUCGGCGUAUGAAAGAGGAAGAAAUUCAUGGACCAGUAGGGCUGUUUGAUGAUGAAAAUGAGGAAAAUGAUGAAGUUGGUGAUGAUGAAAUUGAUAAUGAGAAAUUGCGUGCAUAUGAGAGAAGUAGGCUAAGAUACUACUAUGCAGUUGUAGAAUGCGAUUCGAGUGCAACAGCAGAUUACUUGUACAAAGCUUGUGAUGGAGCUGAGUUUGAAAGGUCAUCAAAUGUGCUUGAUUUGAGGUUCAUUCCUGAUUCAAUGGAAUUUAAACAUUCACCUCGUGAUGUUGCUACGGAGGCACCUGCAAAUUAUGAGGGUUUAAAUUUCCAUACCCAAGCACUGCAGCAAAGUAAAAUUCAUCUUUCAUGGGAUGAAGAUGAACCUCAGCGUGGGAAAAUUUUGAAACGAAAAUUCAAUGCUGAACAGCUGGCUGAAUUGGAAUUAAAGGAGUUUCUGGCUUCUGAUGAGAGCGAAAGUGAUGAUGAUGAGAAUGAAGACACCACAGAGAAUCAAUCUGAUAAGAAAAAUAAAAAAAGAGAUAUAUACUGUGCCUUACUCCAGUCUGGCGAUGGUUCUGAUGGAGAUGGUGAGGACAAUGGCCAGGAUAUGGAAGUCACUUUCAAUACUGGUCUGGAGGAUAUAAGUAAGCGAAUUUUAGAGAAGAAAGAUAAGGAAGCGGAAACAGUUUGGGAGGUCCAUCUCAGGAAAAGACGGGAGAAAAAGAAGAGCAAGAAAAAUAAAUCUAAAGAUUCAUCUGAGGAUGAGAGUCAUGAGACUGAUAUAGAAGCUACAGAAGAACCUGAUGACUUUUUUGUUGAAGAGUCUUCUUUUAAGAGGAGUAAGAAAGAAGGAAAGCAACAUGAAGAUAUGGAGAAGGAAGCUGAAGCAAGCAGAGCAGAACUUGAGUUAUUACUCACUGAUGACAAGGGAGCUGACACUGGUCUUAAGGGAUACAAUCUGAAGCCUAAAGAGGCUAAGGGGAAAAAGGGAAAAGAAGUUCUAGAUGAGGAGAAAAUACCAAUUGUAGAUGAUGAUCCACGAUUUUCUGCUCUCUUUACAUCGCCUCUCUAUGCAUUGGAUCCCACCAACCCACAGUUCAAAAGGAGUGCAACUUACGCUCGGCAAAUAGCAAAAAAGCUGCAGAAGGGUGAACAGAAAGAAUUGGCUGUGGAGGACAUGAAGAUGUCUGCAAAUUCUCAGUUCCCAUCGGAUGAUCCUGGGAUGAAUAAGGUUGAGCAGGAGAAGUCUCAUAUUUUGCCAUCAAAGGAGAAGCAUGCGUUGUCUUCAAUGGUGAGAUCGGUCAAGAUGAAGUUAAAACAAGUUCAACUGCCCUCUGACAGCAAGAUGCCAAAGAAAAGUGUAUCAGGCAUGGGAAGAAAGCAGGAGCAGCAUCUGGUUCAUUCAAUGAAGAAAACCAAGGUUUUGAGAAAAUGAAACCAAGAAUUCUCUUCCCCAUCAUUUCAGCUGAGGACCUAGGCCCCCAAUCCAAGCUGAAGUUUUGUUGACAUGUCUACUUUGCAUUUGUAAUACGGGCAAGAAAACUUAUGACAGUUACUCCCACCUCUGCUUCCACACUGCUACUCCAAAUGCACCAUAUGGGAAUUCUUUCUAUUUUUUUCUUUCCCCUUAAAUAUAUACCAGAACAUUUGCUAUUAUUUCUUCUGCUUGUGAAUUUUGUUCGUAGUUCACAUGUGCAAAUGUCCUUGGAUUUUGCUUAAA